AUACAUUCUAGUCUGUACAGUUGAUCGAGCAAGAUGCACUUUCCACUCUUGCUACUCAUCAUGUGCGUCCAAGUCGCGUUCGCCAAACUGAGCUACCGCAACCACACCUGUUCACCGUCCAGCUACGCCGGCAUCUGCAUCCUGGGCCACCUUCACUACAAACCUGGCGAUGAGCAGGUGGUUCACAGCUUCCCCCGCAAUCGCUCCCACAUUCGCAUCGUCAGCGAUUCCCGACGGGUUGGCAGCACGACCGAGAUACUGAACGUUGAUGGCAAGUUUCACGAGCUGCUUGGUCGACCUGCGUGCUUGGAAGUGCUGGAACAUGCCGUCCAGCGGAUGGAGUUGCCGCGAGCACUUCGGCAUGGCUUCCCGGAUUCUUACAUGCGCGAGUUGAGCGUGGAAGUGGGGGUGGGUGAUCCGGCGGUCGUGUACUUGGAAUUGACUGGGAAUAUGCUGAAGGAUGUUGGAGUGUUGGGGGUUGGUUAACUUGGAGGUGCUGCUUUGGGUGACAACAUGAUCAAAAGUAUAGAUCCGGCUACGUUUGCGAAUCUUGGCAGGUUGAGAUAUCUUUGUUUGAGGUACAACUAUCUUGGCCGGAUUUCGUUGAGCAUCUUUCCAAAGAGUUUAACCCACCUGGAUCUGUUUGCCAGCGAAAUUACAUCGCUUAACUAUGGUGAGUUGUACUAUCCGAACGUAGAAACGUUCAACAUUGAGAGCAAUUCGUUGACAUCGAUCGACGGAUCGGCGUUGCUGUUGGCGAUGCCAAAGCUAAAAAUGGUUCGUAUUGGGUGGAACUUCUUGGACGAAGAUGACGACGAACUUCAGCAAACUAUUCAGCUGUUCCGGCGGCACAACAUAAGUCUACGCAGCGAAGCGGAUGACGGUGCUUGCGAGAUUGUUGGUAUUGAGGGAGUUUGCUUUGCGGAGCCCGGGCCACCACGAUCGGUACUUCCGGAUAUUCUGAUGAGCUUGGUGGUGAUCUUGGUUGUGAUUGCUUUGGCAGGGAUGCUACGCUGGGUGUUUUUGGCCAUGCAUCGCAAGUGAGGUUAGUGGGGAAGACGAGGAUCUGUAUUGAUAAACCGCCAGCAACGA